AUGAUAAACUUUUUGCAGAAGUCUCUCUUUAGGAAACGAUCAGGGAGUGAAGGUUUUACGUCUCAAUCAGCCGAAGAUCUCGCAAACCUGAAGACUCUUUCUGUAACAUCGCAUAAAACAAUCAACACACAUGCAGUCGAUUCCUUAAAUUCAGGUAAUACACUUAGUACGCUAAAUGCGCUGGAUGCUAGACUAUCAAAUUCUUCCUCAAGCGAAUCUGAGAAGAAAGAUCAAGUUAACGAGACAAAGAAUUCUCAGAAAGACGACGAAGAUGAAAUUAACGAGGAAGACCUUUAUCCAAACGGUGGUAUCAAGGCAUACACAGUUGUUUUUGGCAGUUUCUGCUGUUGCGUGACACUAUUUGGUAUGAUGGACAGCAUUGGUGUCAUCGAAGCAUAUGUGCAGAUUCAUCAACUCUCGACAACAGCGGUCUCAUCUAUUUCAUGGAUAUUCUCCAUCUUCAUGUUUAUAUCCAUGUUUUUGGGAAUUAUCACUGGACCUUUAUAUGAUCUUUUUGGUUCACAACAACUUUUGGUUAUCGGAGCGGGCUUCACGUUUGUAGGAAUAUUCUGCACAGGAGAAUGUACCGAGGUUUAUCAGUUUGUACUAAGUUUUGGUAUUUGCUUGGGCUUGGGAACAGGAUUUAUGAUGACUCCUGCGGUUUCGGCGGUUUCUAGUUGGUUUGGAAAAGGCCACCGAGCCUUCUUUUUGGGAAUUGUCCAAUCAGGUGGCUCUGUUGGUGGUGUUAUAUUCCCUAUUCUUCUCAGGUCCAUGUUCCCAAAGCAUGGCUUCAAGUGGUCAAUGCGUAUUUUAGCAUUUCUAAACCUUGGGCUAGACAUUAUUGGAGCUUUCCUUGCAAAGGAUAGACUUAAAGAAUUGAAGCAUCUUCAGGGAAAAUCCGAAACUGGAACAAUUUGGGAUAAGAUUAAGCAUUCAAUCGAUCCAAAGGCUUUUAAAGAUCGUUCUUUCCUAUUCUUGACUUUAAGUCUAUUUCUAAACGAAUUUGCCGACACCAUUGUUCUAACAUACAUUUCCUCAUAUGCAAUUUCUCAGGGAGUGUCACAACAGGAAAGUUACAACAUGGUGACCAUCCUGAAUGCGUUGGGAAUUAUUGGCUCUUACAUUCCAUCGUAUCUCGCAAAUGCUUACGGUGCAUUUAAUAUGAUGGCACUUGUUUCAGGAACCUUGACGUUAGUUAUUUUCAUAAUAUGGCUACCAUUUGGCCAAUAUAAGGCAGCAUUAUACGUGUUUGUGUCUAUAUUUGGUUUCUGCUGUGCCUCAACUUUCGCACUUACUGGAGCUACUAUCAGCGAGGUUACUAAAAAGACUUCCGAUUUUGGAAAGAGAUAUGGAACUGCCUAUUCUUUUGUCUCAUUUGGUUGCUUGCUAUCCUUGCCAAUCUCUGGUGCGUUCAUUAGGCAGAAAACAAACACAUACUACAGGCACAUGGUGAUAUUCAAUGCCUGCAUGAGUCUCUUAGCUACAUUUUUCUUCCUAUUGACAAGGUACACAAUUGUUGGGAGAAAAAUAAAGGUGGCAGUUUAA